GUCAGCUGUAGCUGGUUAGCACACUCCUGCAUGUGAGAGUAAAACACUGCAGUUUCAGAAGUCAUUUCUUCCUCAUCUGGAAUAACACAUACUGGAACAUUACUUUUUCCUUUCUUUUUUUUUUUUUUUUAAAUGAUUAGUUAGCUUGGUUACUGUAUGGAGAAACUCAAUUCCUCAGUACAGCUUGGAUCUAACAGAGGAAGACAAAAGCAGUUUUCAACUCCAGCUGCAGAUUAACAGUCCACAGCAUCGGGUAUUAUAGGAAGAAAAAGCAACUUGGCCUCUGGAUUUUCCAUCUACCACAGAAGCAAAACAACUGGAAGCCUUUUUUUCUUGGGAAGCUGGAUUUCACCCAACACCAGAGCACAGACCUAGCAUUACUAGAACUAGAAAAUGGAUACCUCAAUAAAACCACUGUAAAGUCUCAAGUAAAUCAAUGCACAUCUUCUCUUGUGACAGUCAUCAUACUUGCUUUAAAAUGAAGAUAUUUAAAUGGACUUUGGGCGUACUACUGUUCCUGCUGUUGUCUAUUGGGCGCUGUACAGAACAAUCUACGCCAAAUAAAACAUCUCAGCGGAGGCACCCUCGUUCAGCAGACAAUGGAGAGGAAGGGAAGAAAUGCGGUUACACAUUCUUGGUCCCAGAACAAAAAAUCACAGGGCCAAUUUGUGUGAAUACUAAUGGGCCAGGUACUGGUAACAGAAAAGAUGAAGUCACAAGAAUGGACAUAGAGAACCUGAAGGAUGUGCUGUCCAAGCAAAAGCAGGAGAUUGACAUUCUGCAAUUGGUAGUGGAUGUGGAUGGAAACAUUGUGAAUGAAGUAAAAUUACUGAGGAAAGAAAGUCGUAACAUGAACUCUCGGGUCACCCAACUCUAUAUGCAGCUCUUGCAUGAGAUUAUUCGAAAACGUGAUAACUCACUUGAGCUUUCCCAACUGGAAAACAAAGUCCUUAAUGUUACAACAGAAAUGUUGAAGAUGGCAACAAAAUACAAGGAGCUUGAAGUAAAAUAUGCAGCAUUGACUGAUCUUGUAAAUAAUCAGUCUGUGACCAUCUCUCUGCUGGAAGAGCAGUGCUUGCGAAUCUUCUCACGACAGGACACCCAUGGGUCUCCACCUCUUGUUCAAGUUGUUCCACAGCACAUUCCUAACAGCCAGCCAUACACUCCCAUUCUUCUGGGAGGUAAUGAGAUACAGCGAGACCCAGGUUACCCUAGAGACAGAGAUGUAAGACCACCACCUGAUCCAGCUACUUCUCCUACAAAGAGUCCUUUCAGAGUCCCACCACUGGCUUUAAUAAAUGAGGGCCCAUUCAAAGACUGCCAACAAGCCAAGGAAGCUGGGCAUUCCAACAGCGGGAUUUAUAUGAUCAAACCUGAAAAUAGCAAUGAGCCAAUGCAACUAUGGUGCGAGAACAGCCUGGACCCUGGAGGAUGGGCAGUUAUUCAGAAGAGGACAGAUGGAUCUGUCAACUUCUUCAGGAACUGGGACAGUUACAAGAAAGGAUUUGGAAACAUUGAUGGAGAAUACUGGCUGGGACUAGAAAAUAUUUACAUGCUUACCAAUCAGGAUAAUUACAGACUACUGAUUGAAUUAGAGGACUGGAGCAACAAGAAGGUUUAUGCAGAAUACAGCAGUUUCCGCCUGGAACCUGAAAGUGAAUUCUACAGGCUACGUUUAGGCACAUAUCAAGGAAACGCAGGCGAUUCCAUGAUAUGGCAUAAUGGAAAGCAAUUUACAACACUGGACAGAGACAGGGAUAUGUAUUCAGGCAACUGUGCUCAUUUUCACAAAGGCGGCUGGUGGUACAAUGCGUGUGCCCACUCCAACCUUAAUGGGGUGUGGUACAGAGGAGGCCACUACAGGAGCAAGUAUCAGGAUGGAGUAUUUUGGGCUGAGUACCGGGGAGGUUCCUACUCCUUGAAAGCAGUGCAAAUGAUGAUCAGACCUAUAGACUGAGGAAGAAUAUCCCACAGCACUCAAGUGAUCACAUAUAAACUUCUCAAUGCUUGAGUUCCAGAAAAAUAAAAUAUCACUUCUUAAUCAUUAUUUUGCACAAUCUGCUCCUGCAAAAUGCAGGUCUACAGUUUUCCUGUCUUUUUCCCCCCUGUUGUGUUCCCCUCUCCUACUUUAGAAAGCUUUUCUACUGUGACAGAUGGUGUUUUUUUCAAACACACAUUCACAAAAGCAGAUGUUUGUGCUUGCAAGGCAUAUUUAUCUUUGUUCAAGUCCAGCAUACUUUAUGUAAACAGUCAUUAAGGCUGGCUAAAAAAAUCCAGAUAUAUGACAAGAGAUAAGCUUUUUGACUUAAAAAGCUUAUGCUUUUUUCAGGUUAACUCAACCCUUAAAUGUAAAUAUGUGAAAUGACAUUGUCUUGCUUUAAUGUGAAAAUUGAUUUUUUGAUGAUUGAUAGUUAUUUAACAAUUUAUUUAAAAAUGUUGGUAUUACUUUCAAAGAAAAUCUGACUUCAUAUUACUGGUUUAAAAUUUAAGAUUUACUCCAAGAAGCUACACAAAAAUUGAAAGUUCUAGGUUUGGCAGCAGAGGGAUUUUUGCAGCAGAGGGAUUUUUGCAGCAAAUAAUCAUUUCAAUAUGAAGUGGUGAACUAAAUAUUAAACAUAAGAUUUCUUAGUUAUGUAGAGAAUUCCUUAGGAUCUGCAUAUCCUACCUUCUGUAAAAUACUUAGGCAAAUUGUUCCUAACCUAAGAAAAAUUAAUUGUAUAUAAUUACUGAUCAGCUUAAGACAACCAAAUUGCUUGGUACUUUUUUUUUUUACUUUCAAUCUCAAUAUUCAAAGAACUUAAUUAAACAAAAAUAUUUCUCAAUACUUUGACCUUAAAUAGCACAAUUAAAAGUCCUGAUAUUAAAAUCAUGACUUGACACUUGGGAGACCCUUCCCUGCUCAAAUUCAGAGCAACUGAUGUCUGAACAAGUGUUCACAUAUACUAAUUAAGAGAAGGACCAAGUCACUGAACAUUAGCAGUUUCCCUCCAACGCAGCUUUCUGCUGACAUAAUAAAACAAAGGUUAGAGAUCAGCUCCAAGUGUAUUCUUCCUGACACCGAAAGUUGGGCUGCUCUUAUGACACACACAUUUCCCUUCCUCUAUAUGUAUAUAAAGCUUUUGAUACUUUCUAUAUUAAAUUUUCUACCUUCUAUAUAUCAAAUUUCGACUGGAAUUAAUAUGUAAUUAAAGAAAUUGAUUAGAAAAUGCUUUCCAACCUUUUUCCAACAAAAGUCAUACCACAUUGCAUCAAAACAAGAUAUUUUCAAAACCAGAAACGUUCACUUCAGGUACCAGUCUCCAAAACUAAAGCUUUCUUUCUAAUAUAUAAAACUUAAUAAUUGUACUUAGCCAUACAGCUUACCUAACUUAAUUUGAUAUUACACAAAACCUAAAUAUGCUGUUCUGAACGGUAACUAAUGUAUUUGUUUGGCACCUCCCAUGUGCCUUCAGGAUUUUAAAGAACUUCGCCCCUAUUUAACAUAAGAAACCCUAAUAGCUGAAACAAUCAUAAUAUUAUUGUGAUGGUAAAUUAGUUGAUAUCAAUAGUAAUGCAAAAUCUCAUUUGUAAUUCAGAGGACAGAAAAUAGCAUUUUGCUUUCAAAGCACAUUCCCUGGAGUAGAUAAAGCUUCAUUGAUAAUAUAGGGCUGCAAGGGCUGCAGUUAAAUCCUUGGUCGGAGAUCAAAGCCAACAACUCUCACCAAUAUUUAAUUGGGGCUGCAGGGGUGUUUGGGUAGGUAGGGAAUUAGUCCCAGUAUAUUCCAUUCCCAAAUACCAAGAAUUUUAUCUGACAUAAAUAAUGAUAAUUAUGAAAUUGCUCUUCAUAUAAUAUUUGUUUGUUACAAAUAUUGUACAGGCCUCAUUGAGUGUUCUAUACAAAUGCUUUUUAAUUGCAAAUGCUUAAAAUUCAGACUAUUUAUAAACUGUUCUUUUCUUUCUAUGACAGCUGGACAGGGAAACAGUUCAGGUAAAUUUAAAACCUGAAAAUGCCCUCCAAAACAUUCCUUUAAUGAACACUUCUGACAACUUCAGCUCAUUCAACCAACAGAUUUCCUCUCCUUGGAAGAGAUCUUAUUUUACCACAAGGAUCUCUUGCCUGCUACAAAAACAGUGGUUGUUUAUUCAGCACAGUCAGUGAAAGGUGUAAUUUGCAGAAACCCAAAAGUAAAAUUAGCUUGCACUCAGCCUUUAAAUUAAAUCUUAUAUAUUAGACAUGUAAAAAGUUGAGUCUUCCCCAAUUUAAAGCUGUAGGAUGACGUUAGCUAAACAUUAUUACAAAAUAAAUCCAGACAGCUCAGACUGCACACAUGCUGUGCUACUGGAAGAGAAGACUUAAUUGUAUGUUGCUGAUUUAAGAUUACAAGAAGGGAAAGCGUAGUAUCUCUUUUUCAGGUUGGUUCAUAUUCUACAAUAAUUUACUACUUUAAAAUGCUUAUAACUCUAUCAGUUCUUAGCUUUCAGGUUGAAUUUCCUAAGCAGGGUAAAUGACUCUAAAAGUUAAAUGUUUUCACUCACACCUUUUUUUAGAGGCAUAUUUUGUAGCUUCAAGCUUACUGCAUUGGACACUCAUCAGCAGUGUGUCUGAGAAGGAUGUAACUUUCACCAUUCUUGUACUAUCAGUCCCAAUUUAAUCAAACAGAUCUUGAAGAAGUUUAACCUCUACUAAAUCUGAAACACAGUUUUCACAUGUAUUUCCAAAGUCUUUUGCAACCAUUACCAUGGAGGUAGCUGAAUAUUCAUCAUAUGAAUACUUCAGUAACCUGGUUUCAGCUUUUCUGUUUCUGGAUCUAAUUCCUGAAAAACAGCUAUAAGAACAUAUUUCACAAAGUAGU